AUAAUGGCUCUGAGAUCUAAGAUUAUAAUUCUUCUAUUAUUUUAAUCAAUCUUCUUGGGAUACUUGUGAUUGAGAGAAGGAAAAAGAUUCUCUCUUUCGAUGGAUUACGAACGAAUCGGAAAGACCCAGGUUACUAGCGGCGGCGGCGGCGGCUUGUCUCCGAGGAAGUUAAGGAGUAUGCUUCUUCUCGGUGCUGAUAGAAAGAAGAAAGAAGAUAUGAUUGAACCAACUCCAAUAGUGAGAUCUGGGUCAAAUCAAAGUGAUGACCUUGUUGCUAGUGGAUCAGAUGAUUGCAAAGACGUUGAUGUUGUGUGUGAGAUCACCACUGAUUAUGACAAUGUGAGUGAAGAAGUCAAGAGUGUUUCUGCAUCCCUCUUUGAGUUUCAAAAGACAGAAAAGGACAAGGCUGCUCAAAGACUUCCCACUAGAUCCUUCUCCAAACCUGCUCCAUCCAAAUGGGACGAUGCGCAGAAAUGGAUCGCUAGUCCAACAUCUAACCGACCAAAGACAGCAGCAGGACAGGUUCAUGUCUCAAAGAAAGGGCCUAGCUUUGGUCGGCAGUCUUCUAUGAAGAUUCUUGAAGUUGCUGCUGCUGAAGAGCCUGAUACAAAGCGAAUAGAUGUAAGCCAAGUGAGAAAGGAGACAGGAGAGAAGUUUGUCAGCUGGGAAGUUGAUUCGUAUGUCAAACCUGUUCUCACGGUUGACAACUCCAUUGCAACUGAAGUUAAUCUCAGCCGUCAUGACUCAUCCAUUGCAACUGCGUUUGCACAGCCACCUUCAACAGCGAGAUCUGUAUCAAUGAGAGACAUGGGAACCGAGAUGACUCCAAUAGCGAGCCAAGAACCUUCUAGAAACGGGACGCCGAUCAGGGCAACAACGCCAAUCAGAAGUCCUAUAACUUCUGAACCUUCGAGUCCUGGGAGAAGACAAGCAUCAUCAGCUUCUCAGAUGAGUAACAAGGAGCUCUCAGAGAAAGAGCUUCAAAUGAAGACUAGGAGAGAGAUAAUGGAGUUGGGAACACAGCUUGGGAAGUUGAACAUUGCUGCUUGGGCUAGCAAAGAGGAUGAAGACAAAGAUGCUUCCACAUCACUGAAGAACAAAGCUGCUUAUCUGCAGACUUCUAAGAGUGUUUCCGAAGCUCGUGCUUCUGCGUGGGAGGAAGCGGAAAAGGCUAAGCACAUGGCUAGGUUUAGACGCGAAGAGAUGAAGAUACAAGCGUGGGAGAAUCAUCAGAAGGCGAAAUCCGAAGCUGAGAUGAGGAAAACAGAGGUGGAAGUUGAGAGGAUAAAGGGACGAGCGCAAGACAGGUUGAUGAACAAACUAGCUGAGAUAGAGAGGAAAGCAGAGGGGAAACGAGCAGCGGCUGAAGCGAAGAAGAUUCGUCAAGCAGCUAAAACAGAGAAACAAGCUGAACAAAUCAGAAGAACAGGCAAAGUCCCUUCAUUGAUGUUUUCUUGCUUUAGCUUUUGUUCUUAGUAACAAACAUGAAGAGUCCAAUCUUUGUAUUAUUUUGUACAAUACAAGUGUUUGUCAAAGUACCUUUUUAUUCA